CAAACACUUAAUUAUUGCGUACUCGUUGCGGAACGAACAUUAUUGCGCGCUACUCCCGCGAUUCGAUCGUCGCGAUUUCUUUCGAAAACCAUAGGUUUAUUAACGAAAUAUCGGCGCUAUUUUGACACCGACUCCUUCACCAACAACCUAGAACACUAUUUCGGGCAUGGGUUGCAAUUUUUAAUACUAUAAGAAUAGCUGCUGUGUUCUCGAAACAACUAUAGGGUUUUUCUAAUAAAAUAUAACGAGAGCUCUAGAUAUUAUCGAUACAACGAUGAUUGGAAAACAACGAUCGAACUCGAUUCUGGACUCUGUGGCGGGUUACGUUCACAGUUCAUCCCUUUCGACCCCCAAAUUGGUAACAUCGUUGAAAAAUUUUCGGUAAAAAAAAUUUCAGUUUAACAGAACGCAGAUAUAGAGAAAGGGAAAAAUGCGGGAAAUCGUGAACGUGCAGCUGGGUCAGUGUGGAAAUAACGUAGGAGGUAAGUUUUGGGAAGGAAUCGUCGACGAGCAUGGUUUAAGUCCCGAUGGAAUCUUUUGCGGCGAAUCGGACCUCCAAUUGCAGAGAAUAAACGUGUACUUUACGGAAGCGCCAGGUAUCCAUCGAAUCUAUGGAUAUAGGUUCGUUCCGAGAAGCGUUCUAGUCGAUCUCGACUCGGGAAGCUUGAACUCGUUGUUGUCGGGACCGUUUGGUAGACUGUACAAACCAGACAACUUUGUUGCGGGGCAUGCGAGUGCAGCGAACAACUGGGCCAAAGGUUACUACACCGAAGGCUCCGAACUAGCCGACACAGCGCUUGACAUUAUUCGCAAGGAGGCUGAGAACUGCGACCUGAUACAAGGUAUCCAAGUGGUGCAUUCGCUGGGAGGUGGCACAGGUUCCGGAAUGGGUUCCUUGUUGGCUACCAAGAUGAAAGAAGAGUACCCAGACCGGAUUCUCAAGACUUACAGCGUGAUACCUUCGCCGAUGAUGUCGGACGUGGUGGUGGAGCCCUACAACGCGAUACUGUCGAUUGGAAAAUUCAUGGAGUUCACGGACCAAACCUAUUGCAUGGACAAUCAGGCUCUGCAUCACAUUUGCACGCGAGUAUUGAAGAUUUCCACGCCCACGCUCGCCGACGCGAAUCACCUGAUCGCCAGCUGCAUGGCCGGCAUCACCGCCAGCUUGAGGUUUCCUGGACAACUGAACACCGACCUGAGGAAGCUGCAAACGAACAUGGUGCCGUUCCCUCGGCUACAUUUCUUCGUUCCGGGAUACGCGCCGCUCACCUCGAGGAGCUCCGCCCCUUAUCAGAUGCUUUCCGUACCUGCGCUCGUGCAACAAUUGUUCAGCGGCAACAAUAUGUUGGCAGAUUGCGACCUGUUGCUGGGCAAGUUCCUCACCGUGGCGGCCAUCUUCAGGGGCAGAAUGUCCACCAAGCACGUGGAGGAGCAGUUGUUGAACCUAAGGAACAAGAACAGUCCUUACUUCGUCGAGUGGAUUCCGAACAACGUUCAGACCGCGAUCUGCGACAUCCCGCCUCGAGGAAUCUCCAUGAACGCCACGAUGGUGUCGAACACGACCGCGAUUCAGGAGACGUUCAAACGCCUAUCGAACCUGUUUGACGGUAUGUUGAAGAAAAAAGCAUACCUGCACUGGUACACGGCGGAGGGAAUGGACGCGAGCGAGUUCCUCGAAACUCAGACGAACGUGCAGGAUCUCGUUUCCGAGUACCAACAGCACCAGGAAGCAGCGGUCGAAUCCGACUUUGUGGACGAGGCUCCGGUGUUGGACGAUUUUGAUCUAUAGGAAAAGGUAAUGAUAACUCGUCCAAACAACG